UACAACGCACAAUCAGACACGGCUUCCGCCAAAUUUUCCGUAUACCUAGAACCAUUCUAAUUAGAGUUAAUUGUUGCAGCUGCAGAGCGUUUUCGGAAUUCUAGAGAACUUUAUUACGUAGUCUGAUUAAAGGUAACAAAAGCAGUAGUACAUCGACGGAACCAUCUUGGGCUACCCGGCGGCGCGGAAGUGCGCAUGUUUUUUUCCUUUGUCAAAGACUAGCCAGACUAAUUCUUGCUGCAGUUUUAGCAUCGUAGAAAAUCUUCCUUGGAUUCGUAUCGACCAAUCUAGAAGUAGACAUGGUGAAAAUUACAGUGUCUAUUUUCUUUAUAGUGUCGUGUCUGUUCACAGUAUCUAAUGCCUAUACAGCCGUUAUGCCUAAAGUGAAAAUGAUUAAUGGAAAAUGCAUCCAUCCGAUGUUUAAUGAAAAGAUUGCCCCGAAUCAAUCGUACUAUCCGCCUGAAGUUUGCGAACAACAUUUCUGCGACUCAUCAAAAAGGACAAUCUACAUCUCCGGAUGCGGUAGAGUGAUGGCCCCGCCUGGAUGCAACGUCGAGUAUGACCGCUCGCAAAAAUACCCCGCGUGUUGCAGUCCGAAAUUUAUCUGCGAGAAUGCCGAUAAUAAAACAACGACUGCCUGAAGGUUAUAGAUAGAUGGAAAAAGCACUGAAUUUAGUGCAUUCAUUCAGUAGCAUGGUUGUAAUUACAAAAAUGGUUAUACGAAGUAUUCAGCCUAUAUUAUGAAAUAAGAUACACACAUUUCGAAUGCUGUAACGACCGACUGGCAGCACGAACACCGUCCUAGACAAGGUGCUUAACGGGUUCUUUGGUCAUGUAUGGAUAUCAUACCUGACAACAUCACUAUAACUAUUGUCAAUACCAUCGGUGUAGUGAAUUUUUAAACGGAAAUUACGUUUGUAUAAAACAAAAAGGUCACCAAAUGGUUGAUCGAAGAAAAACAAACCCCUUGCCACUUUACUCACUUGUCACCUUUGGUUGACAAACGCAUCAGGCGGUCCUCUCUGAAGUAAACGGUCAUCAGAUAUCGAAUAGCUAAUCUAUUAUGUAUCUGAUAAUAUAUAAUGUGGAUUUUGAGUGUUGUUUGCAUACCUCAAACACCGCAUGCUAGCCCACGAACGAUGAGCUACAGCAUAAUGAAAUAAUGAGAAUAAGUAAGAUCCAUCGAUACGGAAAACACGAAUCAAUAACGAAGAUGCAACAACUUGACAUAGAAUAAUCGUUGACAAAUAGGUGCUUGGAGGAUGUGAACUCGAAACGUUGUCUGUUUGAAUUAAAUUUGGGCUCGAUUUGAAAUAGUCUUUCCGAGACUAUCGACUGCAGGUAUACUCAAUGGAAAAAGAUGAUAGCUUCAGAGUCGCCAGAGUGCUGACAGGCGUCACCUUGUGUGUUUUACCAAAGUCAUGUGUACAUACACGGAGAGAUAGAAAGAGAUAUGUCAUCUUUCAUUUUAUAAGUGUACAUAUAAUAAUACCAUAAAACUAACCCUUGAUUAUACCUA